ACAGUUGAGAGAGAAAAACUCACUGAGUAAACACCCUGAGGAGGAACUCUGAGUCCUGCCUUCGUCUCCGACUGAAAUCAAACUAACACUGAACAAGGAGAACAGAGAGAGAACUGAGCAACUAGACACUGAAACACAGACUGCUGCAGGAGGAAAAACAAGACAAUCAAAGUCAAACUUCACUCUGAGACAAAAUGGCUUCCAGAUCAGACGAUGAUCUCUGCUGUCCGGUCUGUGUGGAAAUAUUUAAGGAUCCAGUUAUUCUGUCAUGUAGCCACAGCUUCUGUAAGGAGUGUCUGCAGAAAUAUUGGAGAGAGAAACCAGGAAGAGAGUGUCCAGUUUGUAAAAGGAGAUCUUCUAAAGAUAUUCCACCUUUAAAUCUGGCUCUGAAGAAUCUCUGUGAGUCUUUCUUACAGCAGAGAGAGCAGAGAGCUUCAGAGGAUCUCUGCUCUCUGCACUCUGAGAAACUCAAACUCUUCUGUCUGGACCAUCAGCAGCCAGUUUGUCUCGUCUGCAGAGAUUCAGAAAAACACACCAAUCACAGAUUCAAACCCAUCGAUGAAGUUGCUCAGCAACACAAGAAGAACCUUCAGGAAACUCUGGAGCCUUUAAAGAAGAAGCUGGAGCUCAGGAAGAAAGUUCAGGAGGAGUUUGAUCAGACAGCAGAACACCUGAAGGUCCAGGCCCGACACACAGAGAGGCAGAUUAUGGAGCAGUUUAAGCAGCUUCAUCAGUUUCUAGCAGAGGAAGAGGAGGCCAGGCUGGCUGCACUGAGGGAGGAAGAGGAGCAGAAGAGGGAGAAGAUGGAGGCUCUGAGCAGAGAGAUAGCAGCUCUGUCAGACACAAUCAGAGCCACAGAGGAGGAGCUGAGAGCUGAAGACGUCUCAUUCCUGCACAACUACAAGGCUGCAGUGGAAAGAGUCCAGCGCUGCCCCCUGCUGGAGGAUUCACAGCUGCCCUCAGGAGCUCUGAUAGACCAGGCCAAACAUCUGGGCAACCUGGCCUUCAACAUCUGGAGCAACAUGGAGAACAUGGUGACCUACACUCCUCUGGUUCUGGACCCAAACACGGCUGGGUCAAGACUCCAUCUGUCUGAAAAUCUGACCAGCAUUAGAAUAGGAGUGGAACAGCAACUUCCUGAUAAUCCAGAGAGAUUUGAUUAUUACUGGUGCUCGUCUGUUCUGAGUUCUGAUGGUUUUAACUCAGGGAACCACAGCUGGGAUGUUGAUGUUGGAGACAGUGAAGCCUGGAGACUUGGUGUGUUAGAAGAGUCUGUUCAGAGGAAGGAAAGCAUAAAGUCUGGAUUGUUGUUUAUAAAUAAAUACUAUGCAUUUUCUCCACCAGCUCCUUCCACUCGUCUCUCAGUCCAGAAGAAUCCCCAGAGGAUCAGAGUGAAUCUGGACUGGGACAGAGGAAAGCUGUCCUUCUCUGAUCUGGAUACUAACACACACAUACACACCUUCACACACACCUUCACUCACAAGAUGUUUCCAUUCUUCGCCACUGAUAAAACAUUAAAGAUCGUACCGAUGAAGAUCUCAGUGAUCAAGCAGCAGCUCUGAUGAUCUCAGCAUGAAGAUCAGAGAGAGAAAGAACCUCAGAGGACACAAGUCAACAGUCUAACUGUCUAAUUUUACACCGACAGAAAGAGAAACAAAAGACAAACCACAGCAAGAAAAGAUGUAUUCAUAUGUAAUAACAAUUAUAAAAUUGCUGAAAAGUACAUGGUACAAAUUAGUAGAAGGUAUAUUUGGUGACGACCGUAGCCCAACGUGAAGUUUAUCUGAAUUCAAACUUGGUUUUUGUUUUAAUACAACUCAGAGUGAGAGGUCUUUGUUUCUGUUCUAGUCUCUGGAUAUUUUUUAUGCUUUUAGGGAGCUGAUGUAUAAAAAUAUGUGAAGUUUAAUUAAAAUGUGAUUUAAAAAGAUCCCAGCAGAACCUGCAAGUUUUCAUUUGGUAUUUGCUUUUGUUUCACAUGUUACAUGUUUGGACCUUUAGAAAACAAAAUGUCACUUUGAGUGCUGCUGUUUAGCUGCGUGCUAACAGUUUUAACAUGUGGAGUCUGUUUUGUCUCUUACAAUCAAUAAAAACAUCCCGUGCCAUAACACAGAUAUUUCUUGUAUACGGUUGUUGGAUAAAUUGUAUUUUUAGUAAUUAUCAAAUAUUCGUUGUAUCAUGUAGUCUUGUAGUUACAUUUAGAGAAUGUUUAAUUAUAUGUUUUUUCUUUGUUUCUUCUUUUUUAAGUAAUGUUUCUGUGUGUUAAAUAACUUUGAUUCUUUCCUGUGACUUCCUUGAGAAGCCAGCAGUGAAGCCUGGGAGAUAGCGGAGACAACUCUCCUGUGUGAUAUACAACUUGUUUUACUCAACGCCGGCCGUGUCUGGUACUCAAUUGGAGCAAGAAGGAUUUAGAUUGUAGAUAACAUGUGUCUAAAUAGUAAAAGUCAUUAGCGCUGCAACUAUGUGAUGAAUUGUUUUUCCCCCUCCCUUUGAGAAGUUGCAAGCGCCCAAUGUACGAGGGUUUCUGAGAGUAAUAAAAAGAGAGGAGCGGACAGAUGUGUUUCAGAGCGGUAGGAGAUUUGUAACUGAAAGCACAUCUCUGUCUGUUCUCCUCGCGAGUACAAAGAA